UAGUGCAAUGUGAGCAUGUGCAUGGACCUGAAGGGCCAUGGCGUACAGUGGACACAAAAAGGGUAAAUUUUGAAAUGAAUUGGAGAUACUGGGCUGCAUUUGAACGGAAGUGGGAAUUUAGGUGGGCUUUUUGGGCUUGGUCCAGUUUUCAGACUGGGCCCAAAAUUGACCCUCUGUGGGCUUUUCAAAUGGACGGACGCCACACGAAGUUAGGGCUUAGCUUACGGGUGGGAUACGCCAUCCAAAUCCAUUCGAUGGCGCUCCACGGUUGCGCUCUGCUGCUGGCCUCUGCCGUCCCUCCCGCCAAGAUCACAUGCUUCAACGGUCUUCUCCAUCCGACAUUUUCCCCUUUCCCUUCUCUCGUAAAGCCCUUUGUUAAUUGUACCUCUACUUCGUCCUUCAGUUACAGAGCCACUCCGCUUCCGCCCAAGUUCGUCUACCCCGAUCCGAUUCCUGAAUUUGCAGAAGCAGAAACCCGGAAAUUCAGGGAAUAUCUAUCGAAGAAACUCGCAGAGGAUCGCGCGACAUUUGGGAACGACCUCGAUUUCGUUGUGGAGGUUUGCUCCAAGAUAUUUGGUGAAUAUUUGCAUGUGGAGUACGGAGGUCCUGAGACAUUAUUGGUGGAGCCUUUCACCAAUAUGUUCAUUGCUCUCAACGAGAGGAAAUUACCUGGAGCGUCUUUGGCCGCAAGAACUUCGCUCCUAUGGGCUCAAAAUCAUCUAGAUCAAGAUUGGACUAUUUGGAACUCAAAAGGGCCAAAACCAUCUAAAUGAUUUUGCUUCUUGUAGUUACAUUUGUGAAGAUCCUUCUUUUUGUAUCGUAUCUAGAUUUUUCUGUUCUUUUUGCUCUUGAAUUGAAGAUGAUGGAGUAAAAUUGUACGUUCAUCACAAGAUACUCCAAUACAAUGUCAAUUUCAUUGA